CUUGUUCAUUGCAGGGAUUCUUUAGUUUAAUAGUUGGAUCUAGUGAAUAUCAUUUAUCAAAAAUUAUUUACCAUAAGAACUGUUAGCGGAAAGAAGGGAAGAUGUUAAAUAUAUUACAACUCAUGAUAUUCAUACUUAUAUCAGCGAAAAUGGGAACCUUUUCGCAAACAACGGAACUUUACGAUGAGCAAUACAAAAUCCAGCAAGAAUUUAUGGAAAUGAUAGGUGACUCGAAUAUAGAUAUUGUUGAAGAAGGAGUAGGAUUCAUUUUGAGUUUAAAAAGAAAUCAGACAAGUGAAUCAUUACCCCCAAUGACAUUAAGUCACUAUUGUCUGUUACAAACUAUCUGGGCUUUAGCUUCUGGACAUGUUGAAUUGGCCGAAACGUAUCUCAACAAAACUGUGGUAUGCUACGAUACAGCGUCAGAAGAAUGGCUUGAAAACUUCCAAUUCGAACCGAUGUUAGUGUAUGAUUUAGUCAAAUCAACUUCCAACAAAAAUGAAGCAAAUGAGAUCUUGAAACAAAUAGCUGUUUUCCUCAGUCGGAAAUAUAACGUUUUUAAAAAAGCCGCUGAAAGAGCUGAUGACCCUUUGAUCAUCUGGUUGAAGAAGAUGGGACUUGAUUUGUCAACAAACGGGAAUGAAGCUGUCGCAUCUGCUUGGGUAAAGGACCACAUCGAUACCGUCAAUUUGCUUUUGGAGAUGGGUGCAUUGGGCAAUAAUUCAGCGAGUGGCGUGGUGAAUAUCAGCAACUCGAAUGGAGAGACACUUCUACACUUCGCAGCUAGCAGAGGCCUCAAAAAAAUCGCCAAGAAAUUACUAGACAAUGGGGCAGCAGUCGACCAAAAGGACGUUAAGUCUUUGACGCCGUUAUACCACGCCGUGCGUUCGAACGAGGAAGAAAUGGCUCUUUUUCUAUUGCAAAGAGGUGCAGACCUUCUUACCAGGACCAAAAGCGGAAAUACACUACUUCAUCUAGCCGUGAUUGAAAACAGUUCUGUCGCACUCUCGGGACUUCUGAGAUUCGGUUUGGAAAUUCAAAUAGAAAACUACCAAAAAAUACCUCCAUUGUUCUUGGCUGUUGAGCUCGGAUACAACUCUUUGAUCGAAUUGUUAUAUCAGAGUGGGGCUUAUAUAGACAGCUAUACCAGUUCAGGCAACACUUUGCUGCACGUAGCAGUGAAUAGAGGAUCGCUAGUCGCUGCUAGGAACUUGAUCAAGCAUGGAGCGUCGAUAGACUUGAAAAACAGCGAGGAGUUGACACCUCUGUACUUAGCUGCCAAAGUCGGAAAUCCUGAUUUGAUUUGGUUCCUACUGAACAAAGGAGCAUCACGCCACGAGUCGGGAUCCGGAGACAGCCUUCUUCACAUAGCAGCUCGAAGAGGAGACACAGCAGCAAUCGAGUCGUUGGUAAAUCUAUGUAUCCCUGUUGACGAAUUGAAUCAAAAGGGUGUGACACCGCUGUACGCGGCCGCAGCGGCGGGAAAUCGGGCAGCGAUGGAACUCCUGUUGGCUAAAGGAGCCGAUUUGUACAUUACACUAAGAAAUGGUCAGCGGCUGCUCCAAGUAGCGGCUGUUGAAGGAAACGUAGCAGCGAUAGAAUCACUACUCAACGUGGGACUUUAUGUGGACGUUAAGGAUUCCGACAUGUUGACUGAGCUGUGCCGAGCAGUUCAAAAUGACAAUAUUGCCUCAGCGGCAAUGUUGAUUGAGAGGGGCGCCAAUGCCAGUUUCACAACAUCAGUUGGAGACACACUGCUCCAUAUCGCAGCGGUUUCUGGCAGUUACGGAUCGAUACAUCUAUUAGUCCAGCAUGGACUAGAUAUCGACGCUGAGAACGAUCAGAACGAGACACCACUUUAUCUUGCUGCUAAGAACGCUAACUUAAAAACAGCAAACUUAUUAAUUACUUUAGGUGCGAAUAGGAAUUAUGUAACGUCGAGAGGUGGCACUCUGGCACACCUAGCAGCUGAGAAAAACGAUAUCCCAGCUUUGAAAACAUUGUUCACUAUUGGAGCGGAUUUUAAUGCAAUCAAUACAGACGGUUAUACUCCCCUCUACACUGCCAUUCGAAAGUCCGAAAUGGCAGCUGCCAACAUAAUGUUAGAAACCGGCGUGGAUUUGUUUUACAUAGAUCUUCAUAAUGACUCGCUAUUACAUUUAGCAGCAAAAAAUAAAGACCACAAUGCUAUAGACUUUUUAAUCAAUAAAGGAGUUUAUAUCGAUACUCGAGGUUCGAAUGGUUAUCGUCCAGUAGAUGUUGCUUUGUAUAACGGAAACUGUGACACUGCAGAAUAUUUCAUGAAAAAGGGUGCAAAUAUAAGAGGAAGAAAUUUAAUGAAUCGGACUGUAUUGCAUUCAGCAGUAAUUGGAGGUUGUAGGUGGUUCUUGAAAAAAAUGUCCACUCGUAUCGAUAAUAUUGAUCCUAAAGACAAAAAUAUGCAAACGCCUCUUCACUUGGCUGCGGUUCUGGGAAGGAAAGAAAUUUCCGAAACUCUAAUAUUGUUCGGGGCAGAUGUGAAUAGUGUAGACAACAAUAAUUGUACUCCUUUCCAAAUCGCUGCGGUUAAUCGAAAUUGGGACAUGGUAUCUUCAUUCCUUAAAAAAGAUGUUAAUCUCAAUUGGACUGACGAUCGCAAUAGAUCUCUUCUUCACCUUGCAAUCCUUGAAAAUAAAGAGGAUGUCCUGAAAUACCUCACGAAACAGAUGAGAGUUGAUAUAUUCGUUCAAGACAUGGAUGGGAGGAUACCACUACACUUGGCCGCUGAGAAAGGUGUAUUUGCUCAAAUCAUGAGCUAUUUGAUUGAUGAAAGAGUACCAAAAAGCAUCAACUACCGAGAUUACAAAGGAAAAACUCCUCUCCAUUUAGCCGCAGUUGGAGGACACGAAUCAACCGUAGAAUAUCUUUUGAGCAAAGGAGCUGAUCUUGAAGCGACUGAUCACAAUCACGAAACGGCAUUGAGCUAUGCCGCUAAACACCACUACUGGGAAAUCGCAAGGCGGUUAUUGGAUGAAAUAUGUAUGGUAUCCAGAACAAACAGUACAGAUAGGCAAGGAAAUACUGUCCUGCACUUAGCUGUGUUAGAUAACAAGCUUACGAUUAUUUCAGGCUACAAAAUAUGUUUACAAAAAAACAUUUAUUAUAAAGAUUCACAAGGUCGCAUACCUUUGCACUUAGCCGCCGAAAAAGGUCUGUCUGCCCAAUUCAUGAGCUACUUGAUUGAUGUUCCGGAAAGCAUCGACUUCCAAGAUUACGAAGGAAAAACACCUCUUCAUUUAGCCGCAAUUGGAGGACACGAAUCAGCCGUAGAAUAUCUUUUGGAAAAAGGAGCCGAUCCUCUGGUGAUAGACCGCCAUCGACUUACGCCACUGAUCUAUGCCGCUAAACUCCACCACUGGAGAACUGCAAGACUGUUAUUAAACAAAGUAUGCAUGCUCUCUGAUAUUAACGCCGUUGAUGAAGAGAACAGAACUGUCCUGCACUUAGCUGUGUUAGAUGGACAACUUGAUGUUAUUUCCAGCAACAAACUAUGUUUGAAAAAACAUAUCAAUAGCAAAGAUUCUACAGAGAAAACGCCUCUAGAUCUUUCUUUAGCAAAAGGUAGGCAGUACAUAGUUGAGUAUUUUUUUGAAAAUUACAGGUCUGCGUUAAAUUUGAAAAAUUGUACCGCAUUGACUCUUGCGAAGAUUGGGUCUUGGGAUAUCAUUGGAAGCAUACCUUCAAACGGGAUGGGUUCUGAAUGUCGAGAUGAAAAAAAUAGAACUUUGCUUCAAUUGGCGGCAUGGCAUGGUGACAAUAUCACAGUCUUGUCCCUGCUUCAGAACAGAAUGAAUGAUGUUGAUGCGAUGGACCCAGAUAAUCGUACAGCACUUCAUCUAGCAGCGAUGAAGAAUCGACAUGUUGUUGUGAGAAUCCUUUUAAAACAUGGCGCACGGCAAGAUAUUCACGAUAAGGAUGACAUGACGCCAUUAACUAUUGCACUAAGCAACAACAGCUGGGAUACAGUCCGCGAACUUUUGAAUAACGAAACCUACAUUCGUUGGACUGAUGUUUACAAUAGAACCAUACUGCACUACGCAGUAAUAAAUGGUCAGAAAGAAAUAAUAGAAUAUUUACUUGAGAAUACAAAAAUCGAUAUCAACGCUAAAGAUGCUAAUCUCAAUACACCCUUACAACUCGUAGUGGGUCAAAGGAACUUGAGCAGCCACGAUCGCCAAGAAAUCUUAGAACGAUUUGUUCGCCAUGGAGCAGAAUGGAACAUAUUGGAUGAGCAAAAGAGGAAUAUUUUACACUUAGUGGCUAUCAGUGGUGAUAAAGAAACAUUGAAGUAUAUUCUUGACAGAUACAGGCUGGAUAUCAAUGGUCAAGAUAUCGACUUACGAACUCCAUUGCACAUGGCAAUCAUCAAUGACCAUCAUGGCUAUAACAAUAUGGUGGGUACAUUAUUGGAAUACGGAGCUGAUAAGAACGUCCUGGACACCAAUCAACGUACACCACUCAUUUACGCGAUUGAGAACAGCCACUAUGAUGCAAAGGAUUUGUUAGAUAAAUUUACAGAUCUCGACUGGUCAGACGCCGACAACAGAUCAAUCGUACAUUUGGCUGCUAUGCAUGGCUGUUCCGAAGUGGUAAGAAAGUUUUUAAAGCUAGACUUAAAAAAAGUAAAUAUCGAUCGAUUAGAUGUUAACGAACAAACGCCGCUUCACUUAGCUGCUCGAGAGGAUCACUACGAGAUUGUUGAUUUGCUCUUGCAAGAGAGAGCCAAUGGAUCACAUUUGGACAAGGAAAGUCGCAGCCCUCUGAACUUGGCAGUUAUAAACAACAGUUGGAAGGCUGUUGAGGUCCUGGUGAGGAGAGGUUAUUACAAGGAGCACAGGUAUAGUGGGAACAGGACUUUACUUCACCUAGCUACAAUGAACGGCUUGAGGCAUAUUAUUGACUAUAUUAUAAAUUACGAGAUUGUAGAUCUCGCAGCGACUGAUGAUCGUGGAGACACUCCAUUACAUAUCGCAGCCCACAAAAAUGAUACUACAACUGUUCAACAGCUUUUGAAGAAAAGAGUUAAUAGAGAUGUUUCGAACGGUAUUGGACAGAACCCUCUCACGGUUGCAAUGGUCUAUGGCAGCUGGGAAGCUGUAAGUGUCUUGUUGAAGGGCAACUGCGAUGUCGAAGCAGUGGACGGAAGAAAUAGGACACUGUUACAUUACGCAGCAUUGAACAGGAAGAAGGCCAUCAUUGAUCACUUGCUGUCUUGCAGAAACGUGGACAUCAAUGCUCUGGACAUUGAGCACGAGACACCUUUGGAUCUUUUCGUAAAGACAAAGGCUAUGAAUUUAAUUUAUGAUUAUUCUGAUAUAAAUUGGAGAGAUGGGAAUGGAAGAACAUUGCACCAUCUUGCUUUGCUAAAACAAAAUGAUUGGUGCAGUUGGUGUAGAAAUGUUAAUUUUGGUGUAGUUGAUGCUGUGGAUAACGACAGGCAGACAGCCCUCCAUAUUGCUUCUACGGAAAAUGAUGUUUCUACUGUAUCAUCUUUAUUAUAUCAGGGUGCUGGUGUCAGUACAGUUGACAUUAAUGGACAUACGCCUUUGCAUCUUGCCGCAAGGUAUGGUCAUUAUUCGGUCAUCGAAAAGUUCUUGAAUGAUUACGGUAGAAUCAACCAUAGAGAUUUGCUGGGUAGGACGCCUCUACAGUUAUCAUUAAACAAUGGUCACCAGGAAACAACAACACUACUUAAAAAAUGGGGAGCAACUAUAUAACAACUAUAUUUUUUUGUCAAAACUGAGUUGUUUAUAUUAUUAAUCAUUUUUAUAAACAGUAUUAUAUUUUUUAUUU